CUGUGUGGAGCCGCCGUCCAGAGGCUGCUAUGGCGACGCUGCUGAGGAGCGGGUUCGGGUCCCGGGCCUGGGCCCUGCGGGGUCUCCGAGGCGGCGGCGGCGGGAGACCCGACCCGGGCCUGAGGGCAGCUUCUGUGCGGCCCGGAGCCGCGCUCUCAGCCGGCCCCGGGGAGGAGGCGAACGCAGAGGCCGCUGCUCAGGACACCGGUAACCGCCCGAUUCAGAGCCACAUCCACACCAGCCCGCUCCAGAAAUUGCUGCUAGCCUCAGGAUCCGCUCUCAUGGCUUUAUACAACCCAUACCGGCACGAUAUGGUAGCUGUUCUGGGAGAAACCACAGGACUGCUAGCAAUCCAAAAACUGAGGGACAGGAUGCAAAACCAUCCUGAGGGAAACCAGAUUCUGCAGGAGAGGCCUCGGAUCAGUACAUCCACAUUGGAUUUGGCCAGCCUGAGAGAGUUACCUGAAGGAACAUUUGGCAGAGAGUACGUUCGCUUCCUUGAUGUUAAUCAAGUUACCCCCGACAGUCGGAUGCCUGUGAAGUUUGUUGAUGAUGAGGAACUUGCCUAUGUGAUCCAGCGGUAUCGUGAAGUACAUGACUUCAUGCACACGUUACUGGGCAUGCCCACUAACAUACUCGGUGAGGUCGCUGUCAAGUGGUUUGAGGCAGUACAGACUGGUCUGCCCAUGUGUAUUCUGGGAGCUGUGUUUGGUCCUCUCCACCUAUCUGCCAGGAAUAUCCAGGUUUUAGUCACAGACUUAAUCCCGUGGGCUGUACGAUGUGGCAGGGCUGCUCAUUGUAUGAUGAACUUCUACUAUGAGAAUCGAUUGGAACAGAACCUAGAGUCACUGAGGGAAGAGAUUGGGAUUCUACCCUGUCCCACUGUUCAAACAUAACAGCUAGGUGCAUCUAACGUGGAUUCACAGAUGGAGCAUGAGUUUUAUUGUGUGGACACAGCCUUGUGGUAUUAUUAAAUGUCAAUCCCUUACAACAGUCAACGGAGGAGGGGGGUUGGGGCAGAGGACUGUGUAAGAGAAGGGGACAGACACCUGCAGACCCAGCUGUCGUGUUCAGGGACAACAACUUCAGGAAGCAGUGUACAAAGAACAAGAAAAGUGUGGUAAUAGUGUUGUAUGCCAAGCCCAUCAGGCAGCUCCAGGGCUGUUGCUGGAAUUAUUGGAAGGAUAAUAAGUAAACAACACUGACAUUCUCACCUCCUUUAGCGCCUGCUGGAGGACAGAUUGUUUCAGCCAGUUACUACUGAAUAAAAUCACUCACUUUGAUUUUC